AACAAAAUGCACAGAGAAAUUGGAAUGCUUAAUUGUCUUGGUGGAAUGCUAUUAACAGUAAAUAUUAUUUUUGCUUAUGAAAACAUAGCAUUAAACAAGACCGCCUGGCAGUUGUAUCCAUAUUCAUCCUCAAGAUGGGGAGCGGAUAAAGCUGUGGAUGGGCGAUAUUCAGACAGGUCUGCUGUAGGAGGACAGUGUACGAUAUCUAACGAUGGUGCACAAACUGCCAUCUGGCGGGUGGAUCUAGGAGGAAUACUCAGUAUACAUCAUAUAACUAUCUACUUCAGGACAGAUAAUAUCGUUUGGGACGCAACUAAUGGUUUUACAAGCAGAGUCCUUGGCUUCACUGUUUAUAUAUCGAACACAACCAACAAAAACGAUGGCAUUCUUUGUUUUAAAGACAACAUGUACACCACGGCCACACUACCAAAUACUACUACAAUAACAUGCAUAAAACAUGGAAAAUACGUCAUCUAUUUUAACGAGAGACUUCAAGGAGUUGCCUAUCCUGGUGGAUAUUCCACAUUUGCAUUCAACGAACUCUGUGAGGUUGAAGUCUAUGGAUGUCCUACCUCAGGAUUUUAUGGAGAAAAUUGCUCAUUACCGUGUCCACAGAAUUGUCAGGAGAGACGUUGUAACAUUGUGGAUGGAACCUGUCUUGGAUGUGUUGCUGGAUACAAAGGUUCCUUAUGUGGAAAAGGUUGUGAUAAUAAUAGAUAUGGCUUUGAGUGUAGUUUGGACUGUGGUAACUGUAGUAAUGGGGAACAAUGUAAUCACGUGAAUGGAAGUUGUCCGAAUGGGUGUGACUUUGGGGUGCAAGGAUAUACAUGUGAAGAAGCGUGUCCUUAUGGCAGACAUGGAAAGAAUUGUGCCGAGAUCUGUAGCCCAAACUGUAGAGGAGGCUGUAACAGAAUUACUGGGAUCUGUGAGUCUGGUUGUAAUGCUGGAUGGAAGGGAGACUCUUGUGAGAAUGAAUGCGAUGGGUGGCGUUACGGUAAAGAUUGCAAUAUCUCUUGUGGUUCAUGUCUUAAUUUCAACCAAUGCCACCACAUCAAUGGGACAUGUUUAAAUGGAUGUGACAGAGGAUUUCAGGGAAAAAGAUGUUUUGAAGUAUGUCCAGAUGGUCGGCAUGGUUACAAUUGCCAAGACACUUGUAACAUCAACUGUGGAGUUCCUAGUAGAUGUAACAGAGUGACAGGGCAAUGUCAAGGCGGAUGUCAGGAGGGUUGGGAAGGCAUAAGAUGUGACAAGAAAUGUGACAGAGGUAAAUUCGGACAAAAUUGUGAUCAGUCAUGCGGGAAUUGUCUGAAUAAAGAACAAUGUCAUCACAUAAAUGGGACAUGCUUGAAUGGAUGUGAUAGAGGUUACCAGGGAAACAAUUGUACACAAGUUUGCCAGAACGGUCUUCAUGGAUACAACUGCCAAGAGACAUGUGGCGCCGAUUGUAUAGUUGAAAAUAGGUGUGAUGCAAUAACUGGACAAUGUCUUGUUUUAUCACCAGAAGCUAAUACAAACAGUCAGUGCUAUUCAUAUCUUUACGGAGUGGUGACUGCACUUUGCUUAAGCGUGGUUUUACACAUUUUUUGCGUUAUCUGGAAUUGUAGAAAGAGGACUUGUAAUGGAAUGUGUCAAAAGAAGAAAAACACAAAACAGACAUCUACAGAACACACCAAGCCUAAAACAGAGAUCUAUGACAAAGUGGAAGACAACGCAGGAUACCAGGAACUUAGUCAAAUAAGUCAAUCUUCUCAUUAUGACAAAUUACAUUAGUGUGGAGCUAUGGAUUCUGUGUAUACAGUGUACUAUGUUAUUAUUUUUGUCAAAAGUUUCAUUAUGGUCUCUUUGAAUUCUGAUAUUAUAGCACACAAUUUAACAUUUAAAUUAAAAAAAAAUAAGAUUGUAUUUGUUCUACAUGGACAUUCAAGUCUGUAU